GUCGGCUGAAAAAGCUUAGGUUAGCAUGGAUACCUGGACCUUAGAUGCUGUCAGAUUGCGACGAAAUAAAUACGUGCGUUCAGUGAAACCUGUCAAGUCCAAGGCCAGCAGCACCAGGUACCUAUAAAAUCGACAAGCCACAUUCAUUACCCAGGAAUCGGGCAGGCAUAGUAAUCCAAACUCAUGUCUACUUGCCUAUCAAAUACGUAGAUGCAAGGAAUCGCCAUAGCAGCGGCAACACAUCCCGCUAUCGCUAUUGGUACGGGACCCUCUCUCGGAUGAUCGAUCUAGACUCUAAAAUAGCCGGGAACAACUGACAGGUUGCCGCAAGCGCAGGAAUAAAUCUCUCGCUAUUAUCAACCCUAUAUAUUCCUCCCGUCCACAUCCUCUACCUCGAUGACGAGCCGAUCGGCGCCUCGGAGACGCCAGACUCUGCGAAAUUCCCAUGCCGCUUCGCAAAAUGGCGCCGCUAUGACACCAAAGGUCAUCAAUGCCGGCCCUUCCCUCGAGAAGGCCGAGCUAUACGGCAUAGAUGAUCAACGACCAACCUUCUCCAAGAUCAUGGGUCUCGCCGGCCGCAUUUUCAUCGAGACUAUCCCGCAAUGGCUGGCCGUAGGCGCAAUGCUCGGCCUGAUCUUUGGCGGCUGCUGCUCGAACGUCUUCGCUCUCGAGGCCAUAAUCAAGGUUGAACCAGCAAGUGGAACGCUUCUGACCUUUGUGCAAUUCCUCUUCGUCGCCGUCACGGGAUACGUCUCACAAUUUGACUAUACACGCCCACCAUUCUUCAUCAAGCCAAACCGAGUCCCGAUCCGUCGUUGGCUGAUCAACAUCGUGCUUUUCUUCAGCAUCAAUGUGUUGAAUAACCACGCGUUCAGCUACGAUAUAUCUGUGCCGGUUCACAUCAUCCUGCGGUCCGGCGGGAGUAUUACGACAAUGAUCGCCGGUGGUUUAUAUGGCAAGAGAUAUUCUCGCAUACAGGUUGUCGCUGUUCUCUUGCUCACGGUUGGCGUUGUAACGGCCGCGUGGUCAGACGCACAAUCCAAGGAGACAAGCGCUGGUGAUCCCCACGGAAAUGUUCCCAAGUUUAGCACGGGUCUCGCGGUCCUCUUGAUCGCGCAGAUCUUAUCGGCCAUCAUGGGACUGUACACCGAAGAGACAUACAGGAAGUACGGACCGCACUGGAAAGAGAAUCUGUUCUAUUCUCAUCUGCUAUCAUUGCCGCUCUUUCUUCCGUUUUCGCGCUCCCUGAUCACGCAGUUCAUGCGUUUGGCUAGCAGCAAGCCACUCCCGUUACCUCUCCUGGCCGGACAGGCAAAUCUCUCGACCGUUCCGGCCACGGUACGGCAAAGGGUCGAGGGGAUCUACAUUCCUAGCCAAGUUGCCUACCUAGCACUCAACGUCUUGACACAAUACGCCUGUAUACGGGGUGUCAACCUUCUAGCUGCGGCGUCUUCGGCACUGACGGUCACGAUUGUGCUCAACAUUCGCAAGUUAGUUAGCCUACUGUUAAGUAUAUGGCUUUUCGGAAAUCGUUUAGCCACAGGUACACUCAUAGGAGCUAUCGUAGUGUUCUCUGCCGGUGGCCUUUACUCGUUGGAUUCCAAGAAAAAGGCAGUACCAAAGCCCAAGGCAGCCGGCGGAAAAGCGGGAUAGCCAGCUACGUCGCGUUGAGAUACGAGAGUAGGACUUGUUUCCCUCAUGAAACGGCCAAUAUAAAGUACGAUAUCAUAUAUAAGGCAUACGGCCUGCGAGAAAUGUGUCAUUUUGACGCGAAGUGAACACGAUCCGUAAGUCAGAUCGCCAACGAUGUUGUAAGCCAUGCCAUAAACAUACCGGUGAACAAGGUGCAAGGUGGUAGAUAUAUGCCUACACGCUUAGGUCUAGAUAUAUAUAUCAGGUGUCCAUCUAUCUUUUGACACCAUAUACUUAAUUUCUGGGGAGAGUAAAGAAGCCCUUGGCCAAAUCCGGUAUUUGGCCGUAAAUAGUCAUACACACGUCGUGUUUAUUCCGCAUGUGAC